AUGUCCCUUACCCACUUUCUCCAGUGCCUCGCAUUCGUCUUCCUUGUAACCGCCUCCCCAAUCCAAGACGACUCUCAGACAGUCUUGAUUCAGAGUAAAGAUAACAAUAACAUUAACAGAGGUGUCGGCUGGUUCGACCCGCGUGUUAAUGGGGGUCGAUUUUUAGAUUUCACGACGAAACGAUACGGGGAGCCUUUGAACGUUAUAAUAUCAGGCCUAUCGGAUCCAUACAUCCUAACCGACACGGGGCUACACGCCUAUGCCAAAUCCCUGGGAUACUCCGAAGAAUGCCUAGGACUCCACUACGGCGACCUGCACGAAGCAGAUCUAGGCGAUGGGGACGGGAAGAAAACGGAACAUUUCCUUGCUAGGCAGCAUUAUUUCCCUGUGUGGGGAACGUGUUGGGAGAGUCUUGCUGGAGGACAACAUUUCCGCUCAUGGAAACAGAACGGGACAAAGGCGAAUAGCGGGGCGUGGUUCAUUGGAGCAUCGAAAGAACUAGACUCGAGUAAGCACCACACAAUCGUCCCAGACGGGUACAACCUCGGCCGCGACUGGCUCGUCGAUCGUGCCGUAGAAGGCGGGCGGUGGAAAGGGAUGUGGUGGAAGGCGGAUGUGGAGUAUCGUACGGACUUGUUGGAGGAGGGGAGGAAAGGUGUUAAUCAUCAUAUUGCGCAAGAUGGGCGGGUGGCGAUACUUACUGUUAAACGCCUUUAACCUUUUACGAUGUGGCAUGCCCCCUUCAUCCAUCAACCCAUUCACCAACCCAACUAUCCCACCACCCCUCAUCCAUCCCGGUCACCCUCAGCCUUAUAGACAUCCCCCGCCGCCGCCCCUUUA